AUGGAAGAAACCCCUCAGCGAGUACUGGUAGUCACCCCACAUCCUGAUGACGCGGAAAUCUGGUGCGGCGGCACCCUGGCCCGCUGGAUAGGUCAGGGCGCAGAAGUCUCUUACGUGGUUUGCACCGACGGCGGCAAGGGCACCGACAAGCCCGGCAUCACCGCCGCCGAACUGGCCGCCGCUCGGGACCAGGAACAGAUGGCUGCCGCCGAAGUGCUGGGGGUCAAGGAAGUGGUCAAGCUCGGCUACCCCGACGGCGAACUGGAAGACACCGGCGAGUUCCGUAAACAGUUGGUCCGCGAAAUAAGGCGCCUCCGCCCCGAGGUAGUGAUGGUCACCGAGCCUUACGUGCGAAGUUUGGUCUGGCACCGCGACCACCGCAUAGCCGGACAGGUGGCUCUGGACGCCGUCUUCCCCUAUGCCCGAGACCAUCUUCACUUCGGCGAACUGUGGAGCGAAGAAGGCCUCGAACCCCACAAGACGGGCACCAUCCUGUUCUGGGGCACUGAGCGGGCCGACACCUUCGUCGACAUCGGCGAGACUAUGGAAGUAAAGCUGGCCGCAGUCCAGGCCCACAAGAGCCAGGUGGCCGACCACCCGGAGCGCGAAGUCGUGGACUACGUGUACCAGCGCGCCCGAGACGCAGGUACGGAAGCGGGCUGUGAGUACGCCGAAGCCUUCCGCAGGGCCAACUUCCGCACUGGCUAG